UUUGCAAUCUUGAUGCCCAAACAAGAGUAUUUUACUAAUGCUUUCUACACGUUUGAUAUUGAUCAAAAUGAUCUUACUGCUGGCUUUUUUGGAAACUUGAUUGUACAAGUCAAUGCUUCUGUACCUGAUAUAAUCAAUAGUUUCUCAAAAAAUGUUACGAUAGAUAUAUAUAUUUCGGGAGCAAGAUCAUUUUGGAUACACAACACAGGACCCAUUAGCUGCCUCCCUUUAAUUUUGGCCAAUUUUCGGUCAGCUGAAACGGAUGCUUAUGAUUUUGCAAAGCCAUAUAAUGAAGUGGCUCAGUAUUUCAACCACAAGUUAAAGGAAGUUGUGGUUCUACUUCGCAAAGAUCUUCCUUUGGCUGCAAUCAUAUAUGUAAAUAUCUACUCUGUUAAGUACUCUCUUUUCAGCAACCCAAGGAAAUAUGGAUUUAGGGACCCCCUUGUAGCUUGUUGUGGCUUUGGAGGGAAGUAUAACUACAAUAAUGAUGUUGGAUGUGCAGAAACUAUAGAGGUCAAUGGAAGUAGAAUUUUUGUGGGUUCUUCUACAAGACCAUCUGUUAGAGUGGUAUGGGAUGGGAUCCACUACACUGAGGCAGCUAACAAGUUCAUCUUUAGUCAAAUUUCUACAGGAGCUUUCUCUGAUCCACCCCUUCCCUUGAAUAUGGCAUGUCACAAGUCAGUUGGGCAACCUUUUCUGGGACUUUCUUGCAACAAUUUGUUCCAAUUUUCAAACUUAUGGUCAAGAUAUUAA